AUGAACUUAAAAUUAGAUAAGGUGGGUCCGGAAGAGGAAGCGGGCCCGUUUGAUGCCCGUGAGGGGGCGGGGGCGGCAGGGACGGCGCGGCCGGGCCCGGGCAGGGGCCCCGGCGGGCCACCAGUUGCUGGCGGGCGGGGGCGGCGGCGCGUGCGCGGGGGGCGGGCGGCGCUGGCGGCCUGGCCUGGCCUCGCCGCGCCUCGACUCGCGUGGCUGGCGCUGCUGCGCGGCGCUGCGACGCGGUGGCCGUGCCGCGCCGGCGCCGCGCGCCGCCAGUCGGACGCGGACCUGCGCGCGCGCGCCACGCGACGCGACGCUACAGCGACGUGCGAACGCAGAGCGGGCGGCGGCGGCAACGGCGCCUGCUGCGAGGACUGCACGGCCACCGCGCUCACAGCGAGCGAUUGCCUCACGCACCACAAGCGUAAGGAUCGAAGUGAAGCGGCGGGCGGGGGCCAUAUCCCGGCGCCAGCGCGCGGCACUCCAGUCACCGGGCCAGCGAUGGCCGGCGCACCUCAAAGGCUGCGGGCCGGCCACGUCCGCUCCACGGGCAAGGCCGUCUCCAUUCAUCAUUUAGUAGGAAAUGUAGGCUACGCGAACGAAUUACCUCAUGUGUUUCAAGCGAAGUGA